AUGGCGAUGAUGAUGACUGGCCGUGUGCUGCUGGUGUGUGCCCUCUGCGUGCUGUGGUGCAGUAGUGCGGUGCAGGCAGCCGAUGGUCUUAUUAGUGACGGAAGUCUUGAGGGUGAGAAUAUGGUUUUAACUUGGUAUCCUGUGAACAAUAAGACAUGCGAGGAAAGAAGUACGAAUGGAGGAAAGUUGGAUGAGUCAGCGUUUAAGAGCUGUAUGCAUGAAUUGAUGAAUGAGGUUUGUGAAGCUUAUUACAGUAUGAAGUCGAGUGAAUCUCAUGUUACUGAAGCUGACAGUAUUUGUGGGAAAUACACUGGCGAUCCAAGUGAGGAGGACGUUCAAACCUCAACACCGCAAGAACAACCGUCGCCUGAAGUGGAAACACCGGUGGCAUCCCAAACUCCAGAAACCUCAAAGGUCGAAGCAGCAGAAAUGGGAUCACCACCGGGGGUGCCAGCGGGUGAUUCACCAGCAAAUCCAACAGAAGGGCCGCAAUCAACCUCAGAUGCCACCGAUACUGCAAACAAUGAGGCCGAAAAAAGCAGUACAGAGGUGAUGCCGAAGAAUGCACCGGAAUCCAACGCCACAAGGAAAGAAGAAGAAAAACGAAAUGAAAAGAACCACAGUAACACGAAGGAAACACCAGUCGACGCCGAGGCAAAGAAAAAUAACACGAAGACUACCGACAGUGACGGCAGCACCGCAGUCUCCCACACCACCUCCCCUCUUUUGCCUCUUCUUGUUGCGUGUGCGGCUGCGGCUGCGGUGGUGGCCGCGUGA